AACGAAAGACAGAGAGAGAGAGAGAGAGAGAGGGAGAGAGGAGAGCCGGAAACCGCGCGUAUGCAUUCACGCACGUAUAUACACGCGUAUAUUUAUUAUCUAUUUUAACAACCAGACGUUUCGAGAGUUGGUGAUCACAAGGCGAUCGAUCGUCCGCCAGCAUCGGAAUCCAUCAAUCGAUCGAUCGAUAGAUCAACGACGAGCGCGAAAACGCAACCGCGUUGCAUAUCGCGGGGGUGGUUUCGUCCAAAGGGGUUGGCGGUGCGAACGGGUGAUCCUCUGACAGUGCAUGUAGCACUUUGCAGUUGGUGAUCGAGGAACGGUCAGGCUAGGUCUCUCCUGAAGACGCCCGGCGUCUGCCGGAUCCCGGAAGUACCGCACGGAGACGCGGAGGAGUCGUCGGGGGUAGCUUGUCAAACUCGGAGCCAACCGCGCGUCGCACGAACAUGUCGUCCAUGCGAACACAGUCGACCGGCGGCGGUGUUCUUGGUUUGAGCAGUAUUGGCUCCGAUCGUACGGGCGCAACUUCGACCGGCGCCGGUUCCCACUCGCAUUCCCACUCGCACAGGAGGCAUCAUCAUCACCACAGGAGCAGAAGCGCACCCCGGGCACUGGAGAAACCGCCCAGGAAGCGUCAUCUAAAUCCUGGACGGAGUCUCGCUUCCAUUCCCUGUCAGAUCAAGCUGUCGAUGCUCAACAGCGGUCUCAUCUCGUUCACCACGGAGGAAUUGGGAAGCAGCAUGAGCACCACCUUGCCGUCCGCGCCGACUGAGCUUUCGCAGUUCCCGAAGCUGUGCGAGCUACGCCGAAAAUACCCGGUGCUAUACCGGGUGGAGUUUCAGACGGCGACGAAGGUGGAGACGCACUCGUGCCGGCACGCCACGAAGCCCGGGAACAAAGAGAAGAAUCAGAAUCAAAGGUGUAUUCCGUAUGACUAUAAUAGAGUAGUGUUGGAUACGAUAGAAGGCGAGCCCGAUUCCGAUUACGUUAAUGCCUCCUAUGUAGAUAGUAUAUUGAAGCCGAACGCUUACAUCGUCACUCAGGGACCUAUGGAGAACACGGUGACGGAAUUCUGGCGGAUGGUCUGGCAAGAGCAAGCUUCCUGCAUCGUUAUGCUCACGAAAACCUUUGACUUUAUUAGGGUGAUGUGUGUGCAGUAUUGGCCGGCGAGCAAAGACAAAGACGAGGAGUACGGAGGGAUCGGCGUUUCCGUUUUAAAAGAGGAGGAGCUCGCCAAUUUUCACAUAAGGACGAUAAAGCUCUACAAGAAGGACGAAAACGACGAGGUUACGGAGGAAAGGACGUUGCUGCAAUUUCAUUACACAGAGUGGCACUCGCACACGUGCCCGUUCGGAAACGCGGUGUUGGAAUUUAGACGUCGAGUACGAGCGGUUGUAGGAUCGACGAUAACAAACGAACCCGGGCCUAUGAUCGUUCACUGCAACGACGGAGGCGGACGAUCGGGGGUAUAUUUAGCGAUAGACGCAAACAUGGAACUAGCUGAAGAGGAGGACGCGUUCGACGUGUUUGGCUACUUGAAGAAGCUCAGGCAGAGCAGAAGAGGACUCAUCGAGAACUUGGAACAGUACAAAUUCAUAUACGACACGCUGGAGGAGUACGUGGUGUGCGGCACAUCGUGGUUUCCCGUGGCGGAGUUGUCGCAACGACUGAAGCAGAAGAGCAUAAAGAAUCAGAUAACCAAGAUGAACGAGUAUCAACGGGAGUACCAACAGAUCUGCAAGCAGACGCCGCGUUUCACGAUCGGAGACUGUGCCGGUGGACACAGGGCCGACAACAGGGAGAAGAACAGAGACGUCCUGGUAGUUCCACCGGACAACUUUCGACCGUACCUCACCAGCUUCCAGGGCAACAGUUUCACGGAUUACAUAAACGCCGUCUUUGUGGACGGAUACACGAAACCGAGGGAAUACAUCGUGACGGAAUGGCCUCUUCGGCACACGUGCGGCGAAUUCUGGUCUUUGGUUUACGACUACGAAUGCGCCGCAGUGGUGGUGCUGUGCGUGCCGCCUCAGGGCUCGACAAAUUUCCCCACCUUCUGGCCGGAGGGAAGGCACUCGAAGAAAUAUGGCCCGGUGUUCACGAUCGACCACAUCAGCCACAAUCAUUACACCAACAUAAAAACCUGGGUCUUCAGGAUAAACAAGAAGAUCGUCUCGUUGACUGAACUGAUGGCGGGAGUGAAGGCGCCGCCGAAGACCGUGCAAUUGUUCCAAUUGACUUGUUGGCCGAUGGGCCACAAAGUGCCCACUUCCACCAACAGUUUAGUCGAACUCAUGAAUAUGGUCGAGAGAUGGAGGCAACGAACGGACUACGGGCCGGUAGCGGUUGUAUCGCCCGAUGGCAGAAGUCGUUGCGGAGUCUAUUGUGCAGCCAACGCGUGCAUAGAACAGGUCAUUCAACAUGGCGAGGUUGACAUUUUCCAAGCUGUCAAAACUGUACGCAGGCACAGGCCCCAGCUUGUGGAAAAUAUGACGGAGUACAAAUACUGCUACGACCUGGUCCUGCACUACGUAUUGCACUACUUGAACAAAGACAUGAACGAGAAGAAGUGAGAAAACGAGUUGAGGGACGAGCUGUGGUUCAUCGAAUUCGGUCGCGGGGCGGCACUGCCGUUGACCCCGGAGGAGGCACCGGCAGACGGAGAGCCGGUGGUGCCGUGUGC